CAGACACGGAAUUUUCUGUUCACAUAAGCUGAUAGUGUUUGUUUCACAGAUGAGAGCCGCCAUAUUCUAAGAGGAUCCAAUAGUAAGCUGUAACAGAAUCCAGUUGCCAGACAAAACAGAAUUCAUUGGUCAGACAAAACAAUCCAGUGGUCAGACAAAACAAUCAAGUGGUCAGACAAAACAGAAUUCAGUGGUCAGACAAAACAAUCCAGUGGUCAGACAAAACAGAAUUCAGUGGUCAGACAAAACAAUCCAGUGGUUAGACAAAACAGAAUCCAGUGGUCAGACAAAACAAUCCAGUGGUCAGACAAAUCAAUCCAGUGGUCAGACAAAACAAUCAAGUGGUCAGACAAAACAGAAUCCAGUGGUCAGACAAAACAAUCCAGUGGUCAGACAAAACAGAAUCCAGUGGUCAGACAAAACAAUCCAGUGGUCAGACAAAACAAUUCAGUGGUCAGACAAAACAGAAUUAAGUGGUCAGACAAAACAGAAUCCAGUGGUCAGACAAAACAGAAUUCAUUGGUCAGACAUAGCGAUGGUCUUUGUGUUAACUUAAGCUACAGUCAUAUUCAGUUUAUUGUAAUACAUCUAUUUUUAAAACAAGCCUAAUUUGAUUUUGGUCAAGCAUGGAUUCAAAAUUUUCACCACCAAAGCCAUCAAAUAUUCAAAAAAUCAAAUUUAACUCUACGAGGCCACUUCAUGGAACAGUCAUUUUGAAAGAGGCAGAUUGUCCUGAUGAUAUAAGUAUAAGGCAGCUUAAGGAGGAUGUUGAAACUCUGUACAACAUACCUGCUGCUGACCAGGUUUGGCACCAUGGCAACACACUACUGUCAGAUGAGCAAACAUUGAAAGACUACAACAUCAAGCACGGAGACCACAUCUCAGUCCAGCACCAACACCAGCGGUAUAUGCGUAACAAAGGUCCACACGUAUAGUACUGGCUCUAUUGUUGCCUUCAUACUAUUUCUUUUAAUGUUUCCUCAUAAAGUGUAAAAUAUUUUUCAUGUUGUAUACUAAAACGUGGUAGCCUUCUUGUUUUAGCUGUCAAGGCUUUUAAAUUUCUUAUUGUGUUUAUAAAUUGAAUGUUUAUCAAUUGAAAACAAUUGUGUUAAUUCAAAUGUGAAAAGCUUUGAUUGUAACAACGCAUUGACCAAAAGUCUUUGUCCACCAUGUUGUUAGUGGUUUUUACAGGAAGACUACCAUUUGUCAUGUAGGCCUACCAUAAGUCAUUCUCAAAUAGAAAACAUUUCAUAUUCAGUUGUUUUUUUUCAAAUGGGACUUCGCAGACCACUACAUGUUUGAACCAGAAAUAUGUAUUAGUUUUUAUCUUCAUGUAAAUUUCAUUUCACAUUUACAUAUGUAAAAAGUAAUUAAAAUAUUUUGUUUUGA